GCUCGUCUCCAGCGGCAAUCGUCAUCCCGAAUAAUCAUUUCGUUGUUGUCGCUCGUAAUCUCGCGUCUGUCGACUCUCACUCUUUCUUCUUCUCCCCCCUCCCUUUUCUGCGCGCUCCGCGUUCGUUUGAAGUCGAAAUCGCUCCAUCCGCUUCAGUAGAUCGAGCGCCGCUAUUGUGAUCAUACUAACGUCGUACGAUAGCUCCAAUAUACAAGUCAAUUACAGCUUCUGCGCGCAAAAUGCAGAUCUGAGCGAACGUCGCGGAGAACGUGUGGUAUAGAAUUUUUAAAAAUAGCGAAUCGAUUAUUAAUUGCGUAUAAAGGAUGUGCGCGGACGCGAAUAUUUUAACGCCGGGACAGCAGAUCAAGGCGGUGCUGAGCGAGGACGAGGCGAGCCGUCUGGUGGAGUUGCGCUACGGCUUGCAAGUGAAGAGAAUAGUCGAGCUGGUCGCCUACGACGAUCGCAAUUAUCGAGUUAUCUGCGAGGACCGAAUACGCGACAAUACCCACGUCUCGGAGGUCUCCAAGGACGGUUAUGUGCUGAAGAUAGUGAAUUCGCUGGACUCGCAGAAGACCGGUUUCUUCGAGGCGCAGAACGAGCUGCUGAUCUUUCUGAGCAAGAAGGGCUUCACCUGCCCGGUACCGGUCAAGCAGACGGAUGGCUCCUAUUACUCCUGUGAGACCAUCGGAGAGGAUGGCUCACGACACAUACUGCGACUCUUGGUCUACCGGCCGGGAGAAGUACUGUGCAAAGUACCCGCGACACCAGAGCUGCUGAAGAAGGUAGGCUUGUUCACCGCGCAGCUGAACAAGAGCUUGGAAGAGUUUUCGCACUCGGGCUACGACAACCACACGUCUCUCUGGGUCCUGGCGGCGGUUCCCAGGCUUCGCGAGUUCACGUUCGCUCUGGAGGACAAGAGCCAGGUCGAGCUCGUCGAGCAGGUCAUCAGCAGCUUCGAACAACGAGUCCUGAGCAUCCUGGCUAGCCUCGACAAGGGCAUCAUCCACGGCGACCUCAACGAGGACAACCUCAUCGUCACCGCUGAUGGACGAGAUGUCCAGGCUGUCAUCGACUUCGGCGACUCUCACCGUAGCUGCUUCGUCUUCGAGUUGGCCAUCUGUCUCUGCUACAUGAUAACUCAGAGCAAGAGCCUCGAGAUGGCCAAACACGUGAUCGAAGGUUACUUGAUGGCCAGACAGCUGAGCCAACAGGAGAGACAGAUACUGAAGGUAUGCGUGUGCGCGAGGUUCUGUCAGAGUCUUGUUAUGGGCAGCUACUCGUAUCAGAGGGAGCCGAACAAUUAUUAUCUGAUCAAGACCCACGAGAUCAAGUGGAAGUUGCUGAGACAGCUCUGGUCCAUGAGCGACCAGGAGGUCAUGGCUCUUUGGGGUAUUCAGGAUUGAUGGGUUUACAUUUUUUUUUUUUUUUUUUGAAGAUUACGACAAGCAAUAAAAUAAAUUAGAGUCAAUACUAGCAUAUCAUAGCGUUUUAAUAAAAUCUUAUUCAAAGCAUGUUAACUCAAUUAUACAACGACAAUGAAAAAGGAAUUGUGAAGGUGUAGAAAAUAAUCCAAAGUUAGACAUAGUUCUUGGUUUAUAUUUUUAAAUAUACAUAUACAUAUAUACACAUCGGAUCUGUAUGUAUAUGCAUAUAAGGAUCAGGCAGUUACAUAUGUACAUACAUGUGAUGAACAGUAAUAAGUACUAUUUCGCCGUUUUCAUAAUUAUUCGCAUAGUUGUGUAGGGCAUAGUGGGCGAACACGCGAGUGUGUAUAGACUUAUGCAUUAAUUAUAUCACUAAAACUUAACUAAUUUGCAAUAUGUACAAAAAAAUUAAUGGCAUCAUUGAAGAUUGAGACGAUAACAAUUAUAAAAAUGGAACAGAAAAUUCAUACGCAUGUUUUCAAGUUUAUAUAUCAUUUGCAUUAUAAGUGUAUUUUUUUGUUUCACAUCUUAAAGGAAUUUGAUUUUAUCGCGUAAGACAGGACCGUUGUAUAGUACACUAUUACAAACUAUACUUUUUUUUUUAAAUACGACUUGUCUAUUAAUUGAAACAUAAUUUUUUGAUAACUGUAUUAUCAUUAGUUUAUAGAGUCAAUAUUAUACUGUAUUCAUUAUUUUCUGUCAAUAAUUUUAUCUCAUGUUUUCAAAUCAACUAUAGUAGUGUAUAAUAUUCAAAUUUCAUGAUGUUAUAAUAAAUUUCGUCAUAUUUUCAUUAAUGGUAAAAUAUUAGAAAUUCUAUUUACAAUGUAUACUUUCUGCAUUUCAUUCUUUCAAUCCUUAUAAAUAUUAAUAUAAAUAUGAUGUUAAUUUAAUAAUUUUUGCUUUCUUCAAGAAAGAUUUUCGUAGGUUUAAUUAUUAACUAAUGCGAUCCUUGAAUGUCAUAUUUUUUAUAAACAAAAGGAUCAAUUAUAAUACUAACAAUAUAUAAAAGUUGUAACGCAUAUUUUUUUGUUCUAAAUUUAGCAUUAAUAAUAUAGAUUGGAGAAAAAUUGAUAUAAUCUAGAAAAUAGUGUCGAGUGAAGGAUUUAAUUGUACAGUUUUUGAAUAUAACGAAAAUCUCUGAAAUACGUAUAUUUCAUUAUACUAUACGCCUGUUGUAUCGGGGAAAACAUCUCUAGGAAAUUGAAUAUAAAUAUACGGAAUUUUAACACAA